AUGUUAACCACGUCCACAACAAGGAGUCGCAAUCCUUCGGAGCAGCCUCCCGCCAAGAGGCGACAGCGGGCAGCGUAUGCGCUCGUCGCUUGCACGGCUUGCAAGGCACGAAUCCAGAGACUCGAGUCGACCUUGGCAAAGAUUCAACAGAGCGUCAACUCACUGAUAGAUCUCACUGCCCACACGACAGCUGAGCAGAACGAUAGACAGAGCCAACGACUGCCAUGCUCGAAGGAUGCACCCUCGGGGUUUGUUUUAUCAGAGACUUCAGUCCACCGUCAGAGCCUGUACGCUUGCGAAGCGUCUGACCUCAAUAAUGGACGAGACCUUCCCAUGCAUCCAAUCAGCUUUGUUCACUCAUUCGAAGUCGCCAAGAGCAAACUCCAGACUAAAGGGUAUCCUAUGUCGAUCGGUUCCGAUGUAUCAAGCAUACCGGGCCCAUCAACCACUGCUGGGAGCCCCCCGGUGUCUUCCUCCCUUCCACGACACUCUGUGCAGUCCCUAAUUGAACUUGGCCACGACGAAACCCUACGACUCUUGUCUUUAUUCCAAGAUGCGUUGGCUCCAUUCUAUCCUUGCUUUGACAUUGAUGCCGCCAAGGAACUGUCAAGAAUCAUCUUCGACAGAUUCAGCCGACCGAGUUCGAUCGCGGGGCCGGCUCGGUCAAGUGAGGAAUGCCCGCUUCAUCCAAAACGAGUCGAAAUAUUAAAGGGACUCCUUUCUCUGUCUCUAUUGUUUGAUGCCUGCGAUGGCAGUGGAGUCAGCUUUGACAUGAACAGGCAUGAUGUGCCCAUAGAGUGGUCCAUCGAUGCUUGUGCGAUUUACGGAACGCCCGAACUUGACGAUGUGCUUAUGGCAAUUCUUCUGGUAAGCGCUCCAUCCUGGUUCAUCCGGAACGGUAUUCUGCUUUCGCUUGCUUCAACUGACGGCCUCUCAAACCACAGCAUCGAUUUCUUGCAUCGAGAUGAGCCUCUUAAAGCGAGCAGGGUUCUCAGCUUUGCUUUUCGUGCAGCUCUUGAGCUUGGCAUGCAUAAGAUAUCGGGGCCGACCGCGGUGGAUCUCAGCUCAGAGGAACUUGAGUCACGCAAGCUCAUAGUAUGUACUAUUUACAGCCUUGACCGUGCUACUGGUCUAGCAACAGGUCUUCCAUUCUCGGUCGAUGAUACUUAUGUGGAUGAGAAUUGCUUCCAUUUGAAAGGAUGCGCAGCUAAUACAAGAGGCCAGCGCGAAACACAAGCAUUUUUGCGUUGCUCUAUCGCAUAUGAUCGCUUACUGUUGGACAUCUACAGCCUUAACAACGAGGGUCCGCUAAGCAAGCAAGUCAACCAGGACAGGAUCGAUUUACUGGGAAUGAAGAUCGAUCGUAUCCUCAACCAAAUACCGGAACACUUGCAAUACCACCAGCCGCAAAACCUGGGACAAAGCCCCAGAGCCCGCUCUAUCGCCAGCCAGCAGGCAGUUCUUCGCAUUCGCGGACAUCAUCUCAAAAUCUUGUUGAAAACACGAGAUUUAUUCCCUAUAAAGGGCAGCGCUCAACAGGAAGACUCUGCUCGAGUGCUUCUCGAGUCUGAUAGACAUCUUGAAUGCCUUUUUGACUACUUCACGAUGUCUGCGCUAGCAGCGCUCGUUCUUACAGUAUCCCAGAACCCUCCGUGCUUUAGUCAAUUUGCAGGUCCAGCUUUCCACAAGGCUAUUGCGAUCCUCAGGUCUUCGCCUCGUCGUGUCUACAGGCCACAGAGGCUGUGGUGUUCGUUUGACGAACUUGAGAAGAUUGCCGCUUCACUAGGGAUCCCGCCUUCUGAGGGCGCUCCAAUGCCCUUCAACAUGCCCACAAUCGAUACCACAGGGCAGUCACCGUUUACGCAAGGUGGCAUACUCCAAAUGCCAAUAGGCCCAUAUGGAUCCAAUGGUGGAUAA